AUGGAUGGCCGACUCUCCCCGAAACCCCCUCCCCAGUCCGGUCCCGAGGAAGCGGCCCCAGCCCGAGACAAAAGACCCGGCGCUGCGGGAGGGGCCAGGGCCGCUCCGAGGACAGUCCCAGGACCACUCCCAGGACUGUCCCAGGGCCGCUCCCAGGACCAUCCCAGGGCCGCUCCCGGGACCGUCCCAGGACCACUCCCAGGACUGUCCCAGGGCCGCUCCCAGGACCAUCCCAGGGCCGCUCCCGGGACCGUCCCAGGGCCGCUCCCGGGACCGUCCCAGGGCCGCUCCCAGGACCAUACUAGGAUCACCCCAGGACCGUCCCAGGAUCGUCCCAGGACCGUCCCGGCAUCGUCCCAGGACCGUCCCAGGAUCGUCCCAGGACAGUCCCAGGAUCAUCCCAGGACCGUUCCGGGAUCGUCCCGGGACUGUCCCAGGAUCAUCCCAGGGCCGUCCCGGGAUCGUCCCGGGACUGUCCCAGGAUCAUCCCAGGACCGUCCCGGGAUCGUCCUAGGAUCGUCCCGGGACUGUUCCAGGGCCGCUCCCGGGACUGUCCCAGGAUCGUUCCUGGCCCGUCCCAGGGCUCUCACAGUCCUCAGCCCGACGGCUCCCUGCCUGGUGGCCCCUCGUCCCUCUCGCCCCUCGCCCGUCACCAGGCCGGGCCCCCUGUCCGUCAGUCCGUCCCUCCGUCCCGCCCGCUUCCCUCCUGCCAGCUGCCCGGCCGGGCGGGCACUUACCCCUGGGCUGCGGGCCCUGCUCUCCGGACUCCCCGCUCGGGGCGGCUCCCCGCACGGCGCUCGCGCGGGCUUCAGGGGGCCGCGGGGGUCGCUGCCGGUGGAGCGGCCCCGGGCCCGGAGCAUCCUCCCGGAGCUGCCCCUCGCCCCCUGCCCGGCCCGGGGGCUUCGGGCACCCGGCCACCGGCUCGGCUGCGGCGCUGCCCAGGCUGGCAGGCUUGGCCCGCUCCUCCGUCCCUCCUCCCACCCCCCGCCCAGUCCUGCCCGGGAGGGGCUCGGGGGGCGGGCCCGGGGGGCGGGGGGCGCGGGCACCGGGGGGCGGGAGCAGGGCGCACGCAUGCCUCGGCCCAGGCCCAGCCCCCCACGCCCCGCCCCGCCGGCCCGGGGAGACCCGCCGCCUCCUCCCGGCCGCCCUCCAGGCCGCCCCCCGGCCGCCCUCGCCCACGUCCCCUCCUACGGGAUGAGGGCACCAGGGAAUGACAACCGCCUCCGCUCACCGAGCCCAGCCUGGUUCUGGCUCCACCCGGACAGGCGGGCGGGACCCCCGGGCUCCUUGCCCUGCUGUCCCAACUGCGCCUUAAAUCCCAGGACAGAACAGCCCAGCUCCAGCCCAGCUCCAGCCCCUCUCCCCGGGGCUCAGCUCCCACGGCUCCCGGACGCCCCAAUCGUCCGAGCCCACCCCCCGGCCUCGGGGACCCCGGCCAAGCCGAGCCCCAGGCCCUGA